AUGGCACAACAGUUGAUGUACCUGGUGCAAGCAGCCGACGCAGAUGAGCAGGAGGAAAAGGAGCAAGAAAUAGCUAUUGACAAGCACCACCGGGACGCUGACCGGCGCUCAAGCCUGAGCCCGCACUCUCAUCCAAUCGCCGCAAUGCAACCCCGAAACCUCUGCAAGAGAUCUGACACCCAAGUGUUCCGACCUGCGCAGGGAGAAUCUAGCAAGAGCUCACAAAAGGAAGACCGCGACGAUGACCGGCGCUAUAUGGUAUCGCUGUUGUUCUUGUGCCUUAUCGGAGUGGUGCCGGGAGCACUGGCUUCUGGGCUGGUGACGGCGCUGCUUAUAGCCUCGCAACCAACCGUCCCUGCGCCGAAAAACGGCGUCUCUCCACCGACAAACGGCAGCACAGCCAAUCCACUCGUAUGCAACACCAAUGAUUGCAAGCUCCUGGCGCAGUGGCUGAGGGUGAAAGUGGACCAGACAGUCGACCCUUGCGAUGACUUCUACCAGUUUGUCUGCGAUGAUUACAAGCGCCUACCUCUUCUAACAAAAACUCAAUUCGACGUCGAACAGAUUUCCCGAUAUGCCGCUUACGCCAGCAAUGUCCCGGCCACAGGACAGACCGCCUGGCAGAAAGCGGUGGCACUCAUUAAGGCGUGCUUGACGGCGAUCGACUCCAAGCUCGACGAGACCAAGGAGCUCACAGCCUGGAUGACAUCGCUAGGCCUGGAUCUGAAUAAUCUGAAUUCUUCAGAGCCGUUUGAACCGGUGGACAUGGUUGUGCGCUUCUCGCUCGAUAUCGGCGUCCCAAUUCUGCUUGCUUUCUCUUUUGGAGACGUGGCCAUGGUCAACAACAAGCGUUUGAUGAGCGGGACUCUAUCUCCUGCAACCAAGUCUCAUCCACCCCCGCCUCCUGGAGCGGGGGCCCCCGGGCCUUCCAAGCGAGGCUCCACUCCGCCGGGACAUCCCACCGAGAAGUCUCCAUCAAGGCAGGGUCCACCUGCCUUCCCCACAUCACACCCGCCGCCAACUGGACUCUAG